AGGUGUCAGACAAUGGGAGCCCAUCCCUCAAGUCGAUUGCCAAAGUAGUGGUCACCAUUGAAGACGAGAACGACAACGACCCCAAGUUCAUCCCUGCCUCUACUGUUACCAUCCCGGCAAUCAGCGAGCCUGGGGAACGACGCUUCAUCUCCCGCAUGAUGGCAAUAGACAAGGACGUGGGUUCCAAUUCUGACCUGAGCUACUUCAUCAGGGAUGGGAAUACGCAAUCUCGCUUCUAUAUCGAUGCGACAACAGGGGUUGUGACAUGCAGUAAGACCCUCAGUGAAGGGGAGAGAUACGUUCUUCAAAUUGAAGUGAAAGACAAUGGCCCGAGCCGUCGACGUAGCGACAUCGCGAGACUCCCUAUUGUAGUAACCACUGCCCCAGUGGAGUCCUCCAAUGCCCCAAUAUUUGACACACUGAUGGAGACGGAGACUCGGAUCACAGAGAGUGAUGCAGUAGGAAGCUUCAUCAACUAUGUCUUUGCCAUUGAUCCUGAUGGUGAUGAAGUCAGAUAUGCCAUAAAUGAUGGUAAUGAGGAUGGAGCAUUCUUCAUUGAUCCUCAGGGUGGUUUUAUCUUGAUAGCCCAGCCCCUGGAUAGUGAGACAAAGUCUUCUUAUAAUCUCACCAUCUCAGCUUCAGAUGGAUUCAAUGAAGCUACAACUAUGAUUCACAUCCUAGUUACUGAUGUCAAUGACAAUCCCCCCAUCCUCGAGCAAGAGCUGUACGAGAUCAACAUACCAGAGAACACCCGGGUCAACAGCCCAGUCCUCCAGAUCAUGGCCACCGACAACGACGCCACCGACCGCCUUGUCUUCACCCUCCCGAGCACCUCUGACCCGGCCAGUCGCUACCGCUUCCGCAUCGACAACCACAAUGGCGUCAUCUACCUCAACGAGAGCCUGGACCACGAGUCCCAGCGGCAGCACGUGCUCAACGUGGAGGUCAAGGAUUACAACUACGGCACCCAUCGGACCUACGCCAGGGUGGUCGUCAACGUGAUGGAUUCUAACGAUCACAUGCCGGAGUUCAGCGCCGAGAGCUACGAGGGGAAGGUGUUCGAAACCGCGGCUGUUGGGACUCGUGUGGUUGAUGUCUUUGCGUUUGAUAGGGAUCAGGGUUCAAAUGCGGAGCUCACUUAUUCCAUUGUUCAAGGAAACAUUGGUCAAGCCUUCAACAUUGACCCAAUCCUUGGGACAGUGACUGUCGGACAUGAGCUGGACAUUGAACAGGAGGCCAAAUAUGCCCUGGUGGUGCGAGCUACUGACCAUGGUGUCCAACCUCUCAGCAAUGUCUGCUUCGUCAAUGUUACCGUCACGCUCUCCAACAACGCUCCACCGAGGUUCAGAGAAGAAGAAUACAUCAGGGAAGUUGCUGAGAAUCUCCUUGGGAAUCAGUUUGUGGCCCAGAUUUCAGCCGUCAGUCGCUCAUCAGUCUAUUACGAGAUCACCAGAGGUAAUGAUGACAGGCGCUUCGAUAUCAACUCCAACUCCGGUAUCAUCACAACAGCGAUGCCUCUGGAUUACGAAGAAGUCAGCAUGUACAACCUGACAGUACAGGCAACCAAUAUGGUGGGACUUCGUACUAAUACUUGUCUUGUGAUCCAUGUCCAGGAUGUCAAUGAUAACUCACCCGUGUUCAGUUCCGUUGAGUAUGUGGGUAGCAUCUCUGAAUCGGCGUCGCUCAAGAGUGUGGUCUUGGAUGAUGACAGUCGUCCAUUGGUUAUCAGCGCAGAGGAUGCAGAUUCGGGUCCCAAUGCUCAUCUGGUCUAUGAGAUCAUUGAUAGAGAUGCACAGAUGUACUUCAGUAUUGAUGAAAGCACUGGAGCCAUCCGUACCAAGAUGCCUCUGGAUCAUGAGCGUAUCCCUGAGUUUGAGUUCUCUGUCCAGGUCCAUGACACAGGCAGUCCUCAGAUGAUGGCUGACAAGCCUGCUAGGGUAAGGAUCACUAUUAUCGAUAUCAACGACUCAAUGCCACAGUUUGUCAAGGCAGUCUUUGAAGCACAGCUCCUACUGCCAACCUACGCUGGAGUGUAUGUUUUGACGGUAACGGCUGUUGAUGAUGACGAAGUCAGCAUGUCUCAGCUGGAAUACUCAAUUCACGAAGGUGACCGCAGUCACCACUUCAGUAUUGAUCCAAGGUCUGGGGAUAUCUUUGUUGCAAAUAGCACAAACCUGAACAGCGAUUACGACCUGACUGUCCGCGUCACCGAUGGCCUCAAUAUCAACCAUGCCCAGGUUCUGAUCCAUGUUGAAGCUCGCCCCACCUCCAGCUUGCGCUUCCCAGCCAACGAGUGCUACGCGAUCAUCCGUGAAAACUCCAGUACUGUCCACGACGUAGCCGUUCUCUCCGUCAUAGGCAGCACCCUCAAUGAACCACUCACCUACACCAUCCUGAACCCUUCACCAAUGUUCUCCAUCAAGCCUACGUCAGGGAUUGUACGAAAUACCGGCAUUCCCUUCGACAGGGAGGAGCAGGACAGCUAUCACAUUGUGGUUGAGGCCAGAGACAGACGUGAUCCACCCAGAGUAGCCCACAUCAUCGUCAAUGUUGAGAUCCUGGACAUCAAUGACAACCCACCAAUCUUCAUCCAUCAUCAGUACAAUGCCAUUGUCCAGGUGGAUGCCAAUGUUGGAGAGGUUGUACGACAGGUUACAGCUAUUGACAGAGAUGUAAGCAAGAAUGGUGAGGUUCAGUACACCCUGGUAGAAGGUGGUGAAGGUCACUUUGCCAUUGAUUCCAACACUGGUGUCAUCACAGUACUUCAGAAGAUUGGCGCCAACUCACAGAACAAGAAUUUUACACUCAAGAUCAAGGCGAGCGAUAGAGGCAAGCCCAACCACAGUACAGUGGUGAAUGUUCCGAUCACAGUCCGCAACAAGGCCAUGCCAGUCUUUGAGGAGCAGUACUACCGCUCAACCAUCCCUGAAGAUCUAGAGCUACACUCUGCCGUGCUGCAGAUCCAAGCCAUCUCACCCCAUGGAAGGGAUCUCAUCUACAGCAUUGGUGAAGGAGAUGAGUUCAACCAGUUUGAUAUAAAUCCUCUAACAGGAGUGAUUAACCUGAUUGGAACUGUAGACUACGAGACCCGUCAACUCUACAGCCUUGAGGUCCUAGCAAGCGACACCCUGACAGGAGCAUCGGCUAUGGUCACUGUGGACAUCACCAUCAGCGACGUCAACGAUGUGAUGCCCAGCUUCAACCAGAAGAUCUACCAGGCAGUGCUGUCUGAGGCAGUCCCGGUCGGCUCUACAGUCCUCCAAAUCAGCACCACUGAUCAGGAUUCACCCAAGAACAGCGGUGUCCGCUACCAGAUUGUCCAGAGUGACAACCAGACGGGACACUUCCACAUUGCAGCCAACAGCGGACUCAUCCUCACCUCGCAUGUGCUCGAUUAUGAAGAACACAAGAAGCACAACUUUCUUGUCGUGGCAACGGACAGUGGGAUGCCACCGCUGAGAAGCGAGACGAGAGUCAGUAUCCGAAUCACCGACAUGAACGACAACCCUCCGCAGUUUGUCCACCGGGAUUAUUACUGUUCAGUGAGCGAGAUUGCAGAAAGGGGUGCCUUUGUGACGGCAGUGUCAGCAACAGACAGGGAUAUCUCUGACAUGGAUCAGCUGACCUACUCCAUUGUGUCAGGAAAUGAGGAUAUGACAUUCACCAUCAAUAAGAAAACAGGCAUCAUCAGCCUCUCCAACUCCCAGAAGCCUCAGCUGAUGACGGGGCGCGGCUACCACCAGCUGAACGUGUCCACCUCGGACCACGUCUUCACCAGUUCAGCUACCGUCCAUAUCAACGUCACCAGGGUCAACCGCCAUCCUCCGGUCUUCAGCCAGGAGGAAUACAUCACUGACUUCAUGGAGAAUGGUACCGCCGGAGAAGUGGUCUUUCAGGUUGUGGCUUCUGAUGAUGACAGCGGUGACAAUGGUGUUGUCACUUACUCUAUCAUUAGUGCUGAGGCUAGACGGAUGUUUGAUAUCGACAGUGAAACAGGGGAGAUUCACAGCAGAAUGCUUCUUGAUCUAGAGUCUGUCAGUGACAGGAUGCUACCUGUACCCAUUAUGGCAGUCGACGGUGGAGGAAAGACUGCGUACACCACCGUCAAUGUCAUCCUCAAUGACAGGAAUGAUAAUGUACCACGCUUUGAGAUGAGGGAAUACAAGGCGUUCACUAGAUCCAACAUGGAAAUCGAUGUCCCCAUUUUAGUGGUGACUGCGACAGAUGUAGACUCUGGUAGCAAUGCUUUGUUGACGUACUCGUUUGAGAGUGGUACUGCUCAGUCUGCAUUAGAUCUCUUUGAGAUUGAUCCUAAGACUGGAAGCAUCUCGGCGUCAUCAUCUCUUCAAGGAGAAGAAGGAUCUACCUUCCAAUUCUUUGUUGGUGUGACCGAUAGUGGCAAUCCUCCACUGAACUGGGUGACGGCAGCAGAGAUCUAUGUCCUCUCUGAAGAUGAUGAACUGCCAGUCUUUGAUGGGCUGGUCAACGAACCUGACAUUGAUGUCGCUGAGAAUACACCCGUUGGAACGGUCCUCUCUAGCUUCCUAGCUCAUAGCAAUUCGUCCCUGACAUAUUCCUUGGUACCGGGUAAUGAAGUGCACACCAACGAUCCAUCGCACUUCUCAAUCGAUGAACACGGUAACCUGACAUUGGUGAGUGCCUUGGACUUUGAAUCUGUCUCGUGGUACAAGCUGAUCAUCAAGGCCAGCACAAACACGGAGCCUUCUAUAUCAGCAUACUUCACUGUCCUAGUGACAGUGACCGAUGUCAAUGACAACAUGCCGGUGUUUGAAGACGUGACGUACAACAUCAAGGUUCCAGAGAACACUCCGGUGGAUGAUGCCAUAUUGAAGGUUGUUGCAAGGGAUGCUGACGCUGGCUCCAAUGGCCAAGUCCUUUACUACCUUGAUGUGGAGAACGACCUGGAAGUGUUUGAGAAGUUUGAGCUCAACGAGAUGACCGGUAUCUUGACCAUCCAAGAGGGCCUUGACCGGGAGACAGCCAUCACGUAUGACAUCCUUAUCUUAGCCAGGGAUGUCACCAACGAGGAUUUCACAUCCACCGCAACAGUUCACGUCACAGUGAUGGAUUUCAACGACUCGCCCCCGCGAUUCACUCAGAAGGUCUACCCUGGUGAGGUCCUGGAGAGCGAUCCCAUCGGGACGGUCACAGUCUCCAUCGAGGCAGUUGAUGGUGACAUUGGUGCCAAUGCUCAAGUUGUCUACUACAUCACAUCGGGAGAUCCUUUCAAUCAUUUUGCCAUCGAGAGCAACUCUGGCAUGAUCUAUGUGACCAACCCUCUGGAUCGGGAGUUGAAGGAUACCUAUCGUCUGAAUGUGACAGCCACUGAUGGUCUUUUCUCUGACACUGCUCAGGUUGUGAUCUCAGUACAAGACAUCAAUGAUAACUCUCCUGUCUGUGCACAGACCUUGUACACUGAGAACAUCCGUGAGAACCUUGCAUCGGGCCAUUACAUCCUGCAUGUAACAGCAUCGGAUGCAGACAUUGGUAGCAACGCUGAGAUAACCUUUUCUCUGGAAGGUGAAGGGUCAGAGUUAUUCACCAUUGAGAAAGACCAAGACCAAAACACUGGCACCGUCCGUACCUCUGGCGCCCUUGACUACGAGGCCCAGCAGUUUUAUCGCUUCCAGGUGAUCGCGAGCGAUGGUGGUGGACUGUCCUGCUCAUCAGAUAUCUCCAUUGGUUUGCUAGAUGUGAAUGAUAACCCACCUGCAUUCUCGCAACUGAUCUACAAUGUCAGCGUGAGUGAGAACACGACUGUCAACACGCUGCUAACCAGAGUACAGGCUAUCGAUCCAGAUAAAGAUGCCAACAGGAGGCAUCGGUUCAGCAUCAGUGAUGGCAAUAGCGAAGCGACCUUCUCACUGGACGAUGAGUCUGGCAUCUUGACCCUGAUACAGCCCUUGGAUCGGGAACUCCGCAGCCAUUACAACCUGACCCUUGGAGUCACUGAUAUCCUCCAGGCAAGUCUGACCACCUCAGCACAGCUCAUCGUCAACGUCCUGGAUGAGAACGACAAUGAGCCCCAGUUUGAGAGUGAUCUCUACAAUGCUUCUAUCACUGAGGAUGCAGAGAUAGGAAGCAUUGUUGUCACAGUGCUUGCUAUCAGCCAGGAUGUAGGACUCAACGCUGAGAUCAUGUACCAGAUUGUCUCCGGCAAUGAGCAUGGGAAGUUCAAGAUCGACAGCACCACAGGUGAGAUCAGCGUUGCUUUCGAGCUGGACUUUGAGAUGUCCAACAAGUAUUACCUGACUGUAAAAGCCACUGACAUGGGCACCAACCCUCUCUCUGACACCACCACGAUCAACAUCUUUAUCACCGAUGCCAAUGACAAUUCCCCAGUUUUCAGUGAGGACAUCUAUAGCAUCUCGGUCAACGAAGCAGCAAGGGUUGAAGGGGAUGUCAUCCAGGUAAUGGCUACAGAUGCGGACAGUGGAGAUAACGGCAGGGUGUCCUACUCUAUUGUUCACGGUAACCUCUUCAAUCAAUUCACCAUCAAUCCUGACAAUGGACUGGUCAGCCUGGCCGCAGAGCUGGACAGAGAACAGAUCUCAUCGUACUCCUUGGGAGUGAGAGCCAGUGAUGCCGGUGAAGAACCAAGGUACACUGAUGUCACCGUCCAGAUCAUUGUUGAUGAUAUCAACGACAACCCUCCUCUUCUUCCAAGACAGAACUAUACCAUAAUACAACAGGAAGACACCGCGGUGGAGGCUGAUCUGCUUCAGCUGAAUGCCACAGACCUUGACACACAAGCAAAUGGUCCUCCGUUCAUCUUUGAGAUCGUCAGAGGCAACGACAAUGGAGCAUUCUUCAUCACUUCCACAAAUAUGCUGAGGAACAGGAUCUGGUUCAACAGGGACAUCGAGACACAGUACAACCUGACGAUAAAGGUGUCUGACAGUGCUCGGUCACCACUUUACUCUCUAUCCUACAUCACGAUCAUCAUCAUCGAUCCAAUGAAUAUGCCGGAGGUUGUCACUCCUGUUAAGAUAUCCAUCAAUUCCUUUGAGGAGACCUUCCCUGGUGGAUGGAUUGGACAGAUCUCUGCCUCCGACGCUGAUCCCUAUGAUGAGCUUGUCUUUGAGCUUCAAAAUGACAAUGUCUUCCGCAUUGGUCGAGAUGAUGGCCUCAUCAUUGCGCCACCAGAUUUAGACGAAGGUUUUUACCACAUCAAUGCCAGUGUCAGUGACGGACAGUUCACUGUUUAUGCUGAAGCGAAUGUUACCGUUCAGAUGCUCAACCAAGCCAUGCUGAACAACAGCGUCACCAUCACCUUUGCCGAUGUCACGCCUGAAGAAUUUCUACCAAACUCUGGCAUCUUCAUGUACACUGUGGCCAACCACUUUUCAGGGGCAACCCCUGAGGAUGUUACCAUCAUCACCUUCCACCCAUCGGCUGAAAACAAUGACAAUACCGAUGUUGUCUUCUCCAUCCAUCGCAGCAAGAGCAGGGAGAGUUUCUUCAAACCCAAGCAGAUCCAGAGACAGAUGGAGUCCCUCAGUGCUGCUCUUCAUGAGCGUAUGAAGCAUGACGUGGUAUCAGCUGUCAGUGACCUGUGUACAGCAGACUCUUGCGAGGAGAGUUACAUCUGCAAUAACAUUGUUAGGUUAGACUUCUCUGACAUCUUAACAUUCACAACCGAUGAUGAGAGUUUUGUGUCUUCCAGACUCUACAGGGACUUCACCUGCACCUGUGUUGUAGAUUCCUGUGUGACGACCACCAAGAAGCCGACCACAACCAAGGCGACAACGACGACAACCCCCAAGCCUCGCACGCCGUCUGUGAUCAAUGAUCCUUGUGCAAGCAAUCCCUGCCAUGCCAACAUGAACUGCCGCAGGGAUGGCUACAGUGGCUAUGUCUGUGAAUGCAUGGAUGAUUCUUUGUCUUGCCUUCCUGGACCUGACGAGGCAAUGAAUUUCAAUGGCCAGAGCUAUGUGACCUACACCGACCUCGUACUGUCUACAUCGUCCACUCUGUUCUCAGCAAGUAUCAACACUGAUCGUCCCAAUGGUGUCAUCAUGGACGGUGCUGGUGAAUUUGACUACAGCGUUCUAGAGAUUGAGAAUGGAUACCUGACGUAUCGUUUGAACUGUGGUACAGGAGAAGCAAAGAUUCGCAUCACUCAGAAGAAGGUCAAUGACUUUGGCUGGCACAAGAUCUCAAUCAACCGGGAGAAAAACCAUGCUGUGCUAACCCUCGAUGGUCAGUACACAGCGGAAGGCACAGCACCUGGUGAAAACCAAGACCUGAACAUUGACACCAUCAGCAUCGGCUCCACUCCACCUGCCAAGGGUAGGGCUCGCCGUUCCGCAGAUGUUGGCUUUACUGGAUGCAUGGGUGGGCUGAGUCUUGACAAUUCCCCGUUACCCCUCCUGGGUGAUUCCGUCCAACCGCACAACAUUGGCAAGUGCCAGCGUAGGUGGCCUAUGGACUGUAGCCCAAAUCCUUGUGAGAACGACGGGAACUGUCUGGACUAUGGGUACAGUAUCACCUGUGAUUGCCUUCAUAACUGGUCCGGAGAGAGAUGUGAGAUCAAGAAUUGCCAAGAUGAUGUCGACUGUGAAGAGUAUCCAACAAUCACCAGUGGGUUCCCCUUGCACCUUAUCAUCAUUAUCAUUAGUGUCCUGGUUGCUAUAAUCAUCAUCGUCUUCAUCCUUGCUGCCUGCCGUUAUCAUCGCAAUAAGAGGAGACGAUCACGUUACCCGCCUCGUGACGGAAUGGGCCGGAGUUAUGAUGAUGAUUACAAGCGGGACAGUAAGCUGUCGGAUUCGGAUUACCCACUGAAUUUGCCGCUCAACCCGAUCGCCACCCCACCAAGUCCAACGCCUCCUCCGCUACCUACACGCCCAGCAUCGUACACCCGUAGCAACCAUAAUUCAUUGAACAAUCUGGAUCGUGACCGUCAUGAUGACAUACCUUACCAUGGACAGCCAAUCAGUAUGCCGCCCUCUCUAGCUCCUGUUCCAUCAAACUCUGCUUCGGACAGUGACUCCAUUGCCAAACCGACAUGGGAGUUUGAUACUCCAAGUACGCACAAUAGUUUUAUCGAUGGGCGUGACAGCAAUAAGGGUCUUAGCCCCCACCCCAUGCAGCAUUCUCAACCUAGCAUACUACCACCUGUUAGGCGUGGCCUGAAUACGCCCAUGAACAUCCGUCAUCCACCGGUGGAGAGCCCCCCUGCCUACCGGGCCGUCAAUCCCAACCAGGCUGAUAUGGUCUCUAUGAGCUCCGUUAAUACAGAGAAUGAAGAUGACGGCCUUAGAGGAGGGUUAAAAUCAAGCAAUAAACCCAAGGGAUCCGCCUUGGUGAAGCCAGGUAAGACGAAGGUGAUCAAAGAUGACAAGAACCCUGAUAAGGUCACCGAGAAGGACAUAAGCACAGACAAUGACACUGAUGGAUCGGAGGAUGUUCACAAUACAAGCAACGAGGGCGAGAUCAUCGGACUCAAUGACCUGGAGCAGAUGGCUGCUCUGGCGUCAAAGCGAAACUCCACCUUCUCCAUGGAGGAUGAGAACUCGUCGAAGCGUAACUCGCAGCAUUCGGAGGGAGGCGAGCCUGAGCCCGUAGUCACGACCAGCGUCAAGUGCGUGCGCUUCAACAUGGAACCGGAGAUAAACCAGUUUGAAGUUCUAAGCUCGCAGUCUGAAGCACCUACAGAUUCGGAAAGUGAGCGUCCGUAUGUGGAACGUGAUCAGUCGCUGCGACGAAGCGGUGGACCCAUGGAGGUUGAGCAGCAGCCGGUUGAUAUGAACACUAAUGUAGAUCCUACGGAGUUUGGCGUGGAUGGACCUGUCCUUGUUGUCGCUGAUGUAAGCUGCCAGACGGACGAUGAACUUGACGAUGACGAUGAAGCUGGGGAGAAUGAUCCUUUCCUACCAGCAGGAAGCCCUCUGGAGACCACCACAGAGUUUCACGACACCCAUCAGACAGUUUACAUCCAUAGAUCACCUCAGAGUUCUCCAGAAGAAGAGAGAGGAGGCAAUCAUUCUAUCAAUACUCAAACGCAUCCGCAACCACAUACCCAUGGUCCGCAGCGGGGAAAGAAAGGAUUUCAGUGGGAUUACAGUGACUGGGUUCAGCAUCCUGAAGCCCUCAACAACAUUCCUGAGAUCCCCCCUAGAGCUCCCAGAGACAGCCCCACCAACGUCUCCACCACCACAUCCCACAUCAACGAAGACGAUGACUACGAGACAGAGGACGAUGAAGACGAGUACGUGGGCGGGGACGACACCGACUACCCACCGGAAAACGACGACAUGCCCAUCGCCAGAGCGGCCCAGCACUUCCGGCGCGAGCUGGAGAACUACCCACCAAUGGACGAUUACAACGGGUUGCCGUUGAACGCCAUCAACAUGCACCCGGGUCAUUACUUGCCAUCCCACGGAGGUAGCACUUUGGAGGUCCCGCCGGACUACGAGGGCACCGGAGGCUCACUGGACCACGAGACCACCCCGUUCUUAGUCCCGCAGAGGAAUCACCUGGCAAGGGGGCCGGACUACCGCCGACCAAUCAGUGACAUUUCGCAAGAUGCGCUCUCCAUGUCGAUGUACACGUCGACAAACGCGUCUUGCUCCGACGUGUCGGCUCUAGAGCCGGACAGUGAGAUUAAUUUAAGUGAAUUUGAGUUUGACAUUGAGGACCAUUUGACAAAUCUACAAACAAGUACUGAUGUGUAGGAUGAAGCUGAUUGACGGGGAAUUAUCUAAAGACUAAAACUGAAGGAAUGCAUUGGCCUAUGCUUCUCAAGACCAUGUGAUCAUAUACAAGGCUAUGGAGACAGUGUUAUACACGAAGCUUACUGGAAGUAACAUCCAAUACCAUUUGCAUACUAACAUUUUGUAGUGCAUUAUGAGCUUGCAUCCUUUUCUUGUCUUCUUUGCAUAUCUCGUGAUGACUUGAUCAAUGAAAUACCAUUAAGAUUUAUCAGACUUUAGAUUCAUGUCAACGGUACUUCCGCUGCUUAAUGUUUCAUAAAAUACUUGGGGAUUCUAGUCACUGGAAUAUCACUGAUCUUCAAAAAGUGAAACCCCAAAUUUAAAUACUUUCAAAAUUUGUCUAGAAAUUCAUGUACAUGAAAGCUCGUAAGAUAUGUAUGUAUAUUUGGAUAUUAUUUAGUAAAAAAAAAAAUGUACAGACGGCUCAAAGUAUUCAAUGAUUUUACAUACUUAAUCUUGUAUCACAAAACAAGGUAUUGACAUAUAUAUUUAUAUGAAAAAGAUACAAAAAAUACUUGCACGUUCGAAUUAGUGUUCAAUAUGUUAUAGGAUGAUGUAUAUUGUAUUGUAUUGAUAUAGAGAUGAGCUGAAAUGUUGUGUCAAGACUAUUUAGUAAUUUUGAAACCGAUUUCAUAUAUGAAUUCACCACUCGUAAGAAUUGACAACAAAUUAGAAGAUUAAGCAUUAGAACAGAAUUAGGUCCUGUUCCAUGGAACCCAUUAUCAAUUGCACGUUACAAGCUACUGAAAUCGUGCCAUCCAAUUGGCUGAGAACAUAUUUGUUGUAGAACCGUAACGUAGGAUAUUGAUGGUAAAGUUAUAUGAUACAGUCUUGUACUGGAAUUGCAUCAGAUUGUUACUUUGACAAUUUAUUCCUCAUUUGAAGUAUAUUUAUAUUAUUUGUUAAAAAAAAAGAAAAUAUAUACAUUUUGUUUUUUUAUAUUUUCUUUAAAUAUGAAGAAAAUAUCUUUAAUCAUGCUUAUCUGCAUGUUUAUAACACACACAAACACUCUCAGUACCUUGCUUGUGUAUAUGCAAGAAAGAACAUAGUACAAUUUUGUUUUUCUUAUGUUAUGUUUUUGUAUAUAUAAGCUCUCAGUACAACUUUGUGAUCUAAAAAUUCACUUAUUUCUUGAAUGAUGAAUAAAAGAUUAUUAUUAUUGUUUUUGAUGUGAUUCUUCUCUAGUACUCUCUGUUCAGGAUGAAAUUCUGACUGCUGUAUGUAUAUAUCUGCUAUGGGAUGUAUGAUACCAAGUCAAAUUCAGCUUAAAAGCAGGUUUGUCUCUUUUAAUAUUUGUUUUUACCAGCGAUUGCCUCUGUUGUGGCAAGGAGCGUACACUGAUUGUUUUCACUUUUUAGGAUGAUUUAUCUUUUAUAAUUUCCUUCUCUGUUUUCUGAGAAGACAUAAUCAUGAUGAUUUAUUUUGUUUUUAAUCUUAUGCAAAUAAUGACAAUCGUGGGUGCAUGAUAAUGACUACUUUUCUAAUGAUUUAUUGAAAUAAUGGUGGCUAUAUUGUAAUGUGAGUAUUUGGAAUAGGGCUUCUUUGUAUUGUUAGAGCAAUGUAUAGCAGAUGUUCAUGUUUAGUCUCGAUACUGUGUAGUAGAUUUUUUAAUGUUUUUGAGCCGAUUUUCAUCACCUUCAGAACAUUCUAUAUUUUUUUUGUUCAGGGAUGUGAUUUAAAGCGUGACUAUCAUUCUAUUUUGUUCUCAAACUUCAUACUUUUUUUUCAGGAAAGGAGUUCUUUCCCCCUCAAAUUUUUUUUUUUUUAACACAUACCAUGUACUUCCUUUAAUCUGAGAAUAUUAUUUUUGAAUGUGAAGAAAGAACUUGCUCCAGUGACUUGGCAACUUUAUGUCAUUUGAGUUUAUAGGAACAGGGGAAGCGCAACUUUUUAUCGGUUAAAGAUAAACUUAGUGACGAUAAAAUGACAUCACUUGAAACUACUUCUUAAUAUAUCCAUUUGGAUAGUACUUGGUUAGAUUUUGUGGACCAUACAUCAAUAGCACAGUCACUCUGAAAAUGUUAUGCAAAAAUUGCUGUUGUCUCUUUUGCUUGCUAACUAUUUCGGUCAUCAUGAACAUAGGAACUCGCGGCAGGUGUAGUUCCUUUUAUCUCCAAUUUGGUUGUCAUCUACAUGUACAUGUAUGGACCUCCUGCUCUGAAUAAAGUAGUAAAUCUUAAUUAAAAGCACAUCUUGAACAAGGUUAAUAGCAUUGUUCACAAUGGCAGCAUACACAGCCACAUUCUCACAAUACACCUCUUCAAUUUACCAUGGAAGUGAAUCACCCGCAAGGUUGUACUACAUUUUGCUAUUUUUGUAUUUUAAGAACAAAGUGGUGUUCAGUGAUACUUGGUCCUAGAAGCAUAUCAGGUUAUCAUUCAAAUGCUGGUUUUUCAGUUGUAUUUUGAAGUGAUGUGAUUUAUAUUGUCACUGAUUCUAUAUUUUUUCUCAUUCAAAUAUUUGAAACUUUCCCUUAUUUCAUACAUUCUAUUAUAUUGAUGUCACCUGGAUGUUGGGUAUAUAUACCAGUAAAAUAAAAUAAUUUUACACUUUUUUGAUGGUGUAAUGUAUGAAGCAUUUUCAUUAAAAAAAAGGAUGCAAUAUAUACCCCCAUCUAUUCCUGAGUUUGCAUUUUCCAUACUUUCUUCUUUUUUUUGUCAAACCAAGCAGCAUUCAUCCUGUUUCAUUAUCAGAUUAUUAACCCAGCAGCAUUUUAUUCAUCUUGAAUUGUCAUGUUAUUGAUUUUAUUGAUGAUUGCAUAAUUUCAGAAAAAAAAACUACUUGGUGAUUUGUUUUAACUUGAAUGAUAUUGCUGUAUGAAUAGUCCAUUAGUUUAAUACAUGUACAUGUGUAAGUAGAGAACGGGGCCAAUACUGAAGUCUUAAGUAGUCACAAUUAUAAAAUAGCUGCCACCAGUGUUUAUGUAUAAAAUAUAAAAAAAUAUAUAUCAGGAAAUAAUUGUAUUCAGCGGUAAUGACAAUUCAAAGUGACGAUUGAUGUCCACAAUCACAUUUCACUUAUUGUAUUCAGGAUUUGGGAGAUAAAAAGAUAUAUAUAAUCAUUCAUGAAAAUUGUAUUCAUUUUGAACAUUUUAUGGAGAGCCAUUAUGGUAUAUCUUGAACUAGACUAGUGAUAAUCUCAUUUGUAUAGAAGCAAUAUUUUGUUAUCCAACACAAUGGCUUGUUUUUAUUUACUCAGUAUUAGAGUAUUCAAGAUUGCUUCCCAGCUUGGUUGACCAACCGAAUCUUCCAUUCUUUAGCUUUCUUCCCUCAGCUACACCUCGGGACGUCACUGCUCACGUUACAAAUACCUCAGAUAUCUAGUCAGCAAAAAAAAAACUCUCAAGAUUCCAGCAGUAGUGCCCUUCUGCCUGUAAAUUCAUUUGAAAGCUUCAAGAUUUUCACUUCCAAAUCAGCUGGUUGCCAUAGCAAUAAAAAAUGGCGGAUGCAAACAAACUACUUGAUUAUUAAUGUCUAAUGUUACAGCUAACAAUAUACAGUGCAGUGGUACGUCAAUUGCUUGUCCUGUCUUAACUCACUAGGGGGACUUAUUUAGAUUUGAAAUUCAUUUGGGUUUUAAUAACGGAGAAUCGUGAUCAGGUCAUCUGCAUGAUAAUCAACCUGUAUUUUUCUCUUAAAGAUUUGUGAAUAUAGGGCUCAAGGAAUUGAAGCGUAUUAUGUAUGGAGGCCUUGUAACAUAAAUGUUGCAAUCAAUCAUACAAUAAACUUUAGAAUAAAUGCAAGCCCUUGCAAACCAUGUACUAAAGUUGUUGAUGUCAGUUGUAUUCCAUCGAUUUUACAGGUCACAUAUCUUACAAGAUAAAGCGUUUGGCUUAAAGUAUCUGUUCGAGACGAUAGCAAUUUCUUAAAGAGGGCAUUCAUGGGAACAGUUAUGACUGCUGACUGAUUUUUCUCACUGAGCAUUUUCUUCCAUGCCUGAAUCUGGACAGUCGUCUGUGUUUUUUGUUUCCCUUUUAACAUGGUUCUUCUAUGGCCGGACCAUUCUAGUCAUCAGCUUGCGCACCAUUCUUUUUGACUCCUUAUCUUUUUUUCCUCUGAAAAAGAGAUAUUGACAAAUAGCUUAGCCAUUUCAAUGCACAAGUAUCAACUUAUAAAAUGUGUGUAUUCUGUUUAACUCCUAAUCAUGCCUGUUAUUUGAAUACGACUGCACAAAAUCCAUUUGACAUGGACCUUCUUUAAGCUUAAGUUAUUUUUAAGUGAAUCUCACCUUUUUUGAAAUAGCCUUUUUGGAUUUUUAAGGCAAUCAUUCUUAUUUUCCUAUAAUUGUUAAAUCAUUCAUUUUAACAAUUUGUGUUUUUUUUUUCAUUGUUCAACCAAAAAAAAAAUGCUUCCAGAUUACUGGCUCCGGUUUUUUUUCUUCAUUUUGAAAACAUGUAGAUAACUCUGUCUUUAUAAAUGUGCAUCGGCAGAACCGGCUUUCUGCUGCUGUGAAAAUUUUCACCAAAGCGUUUCUUACUUUAUGUGAUUUAUUUUUUAAUGUAGGAUGAUAAUGAUGAUGAUGGUGAUAAGUUUGUAUUGAUUGUUUGCAAUAGUACUUACAAAUAGGCUUGUCUGUCUUGUAUAUUCCAAUCUAUUUAUAUAGUCAUUUUCCUCGAGAUAUUAUUGGUCUUGAGAAAUAAUGUUAUUCUUCCCUACAGUACUUCUCAGCGUAAUGCAUCCCUCUAUUUUUAGUCUUCAGGGAUAUUACAAUUUUACCUUUAUCCAAUAAAGACAAUAUAUUAAGAGAUUGGUAUCAAGAGAGGUAUUGCAGAGUUAAGGAGUGAUUAGCUUGUCAUUCAUUCCUCUCAAAAUUAAUGAUCUGUUUAUAUCUUGCAUCUGCUUUAAAGUAAAUUUUCAAAUUUCUUCAAUAAAUUUGACGUAUCAAACUGGUGUAAAUGAGAUUCCAUUUUUUACCACUCCAUGAUAUUGCAUGCAUUAUUCAUUGUACAUUACCAUUGUAAUUUAUACUUCUGCAAUUAAGAUAUCGAUAUGCAUAAGAAUAAAUUUAAAAAGAAUACUUCAGACAUUUAAGCCUUUUGUUGAAAAAAAGUACCUUAAUUUAUUAUGUAUUUUUGCCUUUGUGUUGUAUGUAUGGCUCAUUUAGCACUAAUUUCUUUAUGAAUUUAAGUGAAAAACAAUCAGUGUUUUUAAUAAAAAUGAAAGUUUUUGCAUAGUUUUAUGUCAUCAGAAAUUGUGAUUUAUUGUAUGAAGCAUUUGUUUCUCUUUUGUUUUUUUAUUAUUGAAAUAUCGCCAAACAUGUUCUGUUCUUGCAAGGUUUUGUGUAGCACUAUUGUAUUUUGUUCAUUUCAUUGUAGAUACUGAGAUGUGUCCAAUAAAUACAAUAACGUGUACACGUA